AUGAAUUAUGCGCGAUACAUUCCUCGAUGCCUAAAUAAGCGUUACGCAAUCGUUCAGCCUCAUCGUAGCGCCGGCCCUCAUCUACAUCUUCUCCUCUGGUUGACACGUCUGGUCAAGCAUGACUGUGGUAACAGACGAACUGGUGAACAUGAAGAGGAUUUGUUGGCGACAUGUAACGAGAUGGAAAUAUAA